AUGAGCUCCCAGGGAUUCUCAUUUCCUCCCCCUCCUCCUCCCCCUCCUCAGCAACAGCAGCCACCUCAGUCAACUAUUCCGUCUGGGCCUCCACAGUACGGGUACGGUUCUUAUGGUCAGCGAGGUGGACGAGGCGCCGGAGGGCACAACAGAGGUCGUGGCAGAGGGUUUGGGAAUAGAGGGGGUCAGGGAGGCUCCUUUGUUACCCACCAUGCCAACCAUACCCCGACCUAUUCCUCUACGCCGUCAUCUUUCGGUUACGGGUCGAUAAAUUAUACCGGCUUUACGCCUCAAUCUCAGCCUACUGGCUCUUGCAAUAAUCCAUCACCACAUAUAGCGUCUUUAGGGUCGCCAAGUUUCCAACACCAGUCCAAUACAUCUUCGUACGCAUCCCCUCAACGCUUUUCGCAGCCGCCAGUCGUUCUCGGAUCUCCAUAUCAGCCCCAACCUAGCUAUGAUACAGCUUACGCCCCCUCAAAUGCACAGUCAAGUCUUCCGUACCCUCCUGUCAUGCACUCGAGUCAACAUACUCCUCAACCUGUACAAGCGCCGAUGAUGAGUCCUCCAAUGCGUUGGGGUUUUGAAGCGUCACCACCUACAGGAACCUUUGCUAGUCCUCGGCGUAGCAAUCAAUGGACGCCGCGGCAAUCUAGCACACACCAGAAUCAAUCUUCCUCUAAUGGAAACUCAAUGAAACACGGCGGAAAACGGGAUCAUGCAUCGGCAUUUGGAGGAAAACCGCCAACGGUUGCACCUUCCGUUCCUGCACCGCCUCCGGUCCCAAGCUUCGGCAACCCUCUGCCUGUGAAACCUCCUCCGGCAGUUGAUGCUGCAAAUCCAAGAAAAAAGAAAAGAAAACACAACCAGUUAGGGCUUACACCCAAAACCGAGGAUCAUGAAUCGAGUGAGGAGGACGACGUGGAUGAAGAAUCCAGGUUGGCGCCUGCGGCUGCCAGUGCUAUAGUGCCGUUGCGAUUCACCUAUAAAGGACGGACGUCCACACUUCAGUCACCCACAGACAUUGCCGCAUGGAUUGAGGAACGGAAGAAACGAUUUCCGACGCAAGCAAAGGCUGAAGAGAAGAGGAAGGCUAUGCAGGAGGCCAAGAAGGCCCGUGAAGAAGCUUUGAACAAGAAAAGGAUUGAGAGACAGGAGCAAAGACGAGCCCAGAAGGUCGCCAAUGAUAGACCAGAGAGCGUCAUUGAUCCGGCGGAUGCGGCCGCAAAGGCGAAACGAAAGGCUGAUAAGCUUCAACGCAAGUUGCUAAAGGAGCAGGAACGGGUAGCCAAAGCGGAGGCGGAUGCCGAGCGGGCUCGGCUCGAAGUUGAAAGGCUGCAGAAGGUGGCCAUGGAGGCGAGAAGAGGGUCAGAGUCUGCAACGCAGAAAACUGAAAUUCAACCUUCCGUCGCUGCAGAAAAGCCGGACCCAGAAUCUGGUCAGAAAGUGGAGAUGGUCGGCUCCAAGGACAACAACUCGGAGGCUGUGGCUGUCCCUACCGAGAGUUCUAUCGCAUCCAUGGCCCAUGGGACAGUGGUAACAAAGAUUGAACCCGGUGACUCGGUAGAGAGUCGAAACGAGGAAUCCGCCGCAUCAUCUUUCGACGAUUCGGACAGCAGUGACUGGACGUCAUCAAGUGGAUCUGACAUCUCUUCGGAUUCCGACGAGAGCGACGAUGAUUCGGCCCCUGAGGAAGUGUCUUCGCGCCGUGAGGGGCCAGAGCGGGUAGCACCACCGCCUCGAGUCAAUAAGAAGAAAGUGUGUCGCCAUUUCGCGCGCAAUAGGCGCUGCUUACACGGGGAGAAGUGCCAUUUUCUACACGAGUUGCCGGAAAGAGGCCCCAAAACAAAGUCGGUGGAGAAAAAAGGACGGAGGGGACUCUUCCAAGCUCUGCUCGAGCGCCAAAAAGAGGACGAAGAUCGGAGAGCCAUGGAAGUGAUUGUAUGGCUGGGAGAAAACGGAUUUCUGGAAGCCCCAGAGGCCGAGGAAAGGGCGUCUGGACACUCUCAUAGCGAUGGGAACAAAGAUGAGAGCCGGGACUCUCAGGAGACGAAAGACACAGUUGCUGCUGUCUAG